UUUUCACGGUAUCUCUCAACCCGAUAAGCCAAGGAAUAAUCCGUUGUGGAUCGGAGUUCCAUUUAAGGGUGCACAAGGUGAAAUUUGAACCCCAACACUUGUUUAAGCGAACUAAUGAGUUAAUCACUAGACCAAUCCAAUUUGGUUAUUACGCCAGUUUAUAUAAACUUUUGAGACCCUUAUCCAAGUAGAAGAAUGAACAAAGCACCAAAUAGCAUAAAUUGCGUACAUGCUCAAUUCCUGUGAUUGAGACUCGGCAGAAAAGCAUGGACUUCAUCACUGUAUCCAUAAAAAGAAAGGGUCACUAUCCAACAUUAUUUUAUUCUUUGUUUUAUAUACUUCCUAGCAGCUAGCUUCCUUAGUCCUUAAACAUCCCACCCAUCAAAUACAUAGUUUUGGAAUAUACAAGACAUCUUGUUAACUUGUUUUAAUUUUCUAUUUAAUAAUAGAUAAUGAAUAAGUUGACAUGAUAUUUCGUAAUGAGUAAAUAGAAAGAUUUUAAAGACUUCAAUUGAGUAGUGUAUAAUUCUAUUCAAUUUACCAUUUUGACCAAAUCUAGCAGCCAUUGAGUUCCAACAUUCUUAAAUCGUGAUGAAAUAAAGAAUGUGAGGUGGUGGUUCUCUUAAGCACUUGAAACUUCUUUAGCACUUUCUCAAAAACACUACAACCUAAAAACAAAAAUUCAAAAUCCAAUCCUCAAAUCUGCUCCAACUUUAGUACUUUAGCACCACCACCCUGUAAACUCAACCUUUUGCUAAUACCCAGAAGAAGAAAAAAAAAAUACUACAUUGUCCCCACUAUAAUAACACAAUUAAAAGCUGCUUCUUAUCUUCACUUUUCACUUUCCUUAACACCAUCACUCUAUUUUAGAAUAAUAGACAAACACCUUCAUCCUAAUCUCCACAUUCAUCUCUUCCUCUUUGUACUACAUAGAUCACUAAAACAUGCUUUCUCUUCCACCGCCGCCGCCGCCGCCACAGCUCUCACCCCCACCAAGAAAACAAUCGAAACCAAUUUCACUUGACCAAAUUGUCAUAUCAACAAAACAAACAAGAAACCAAAAUUCUAUUGAAACAAAUGCACCAAAUUCUGUUACAACAAAGCUAAUUAGGCCACCAAGAACACCACUAAGACAACCUCAACCAAAGAGAACAAAUCCAAUCAUAUGGUUCACUGCAGUUCUAUGCCUAAUAUUCAGCCUUGUCCUUAUCUUCUUUGGUAUUGCAACAUUGAUAAUCUUCCUUAUCAUAAAACCAAGAACCCCCAUUUUUGAUAUUCCAAAUGCAAACCUCAAUUUGGUGUACUUUGACUCUCCAAAUUACAUCAAUGGUGACUUCACCCUCCUUGCAAACUUCACCAACCCCAACAAAAAAAUCAAUGUCCUUUUCGAGUCUUUAGACAUCGAGCUCUUCUUCUCUGAGAGGCUCAUAUCGGCACAGUCGAUAGAGCCGUUCCCUCAGAGGAGAAGAGAAAGCAAGUUGCAAUCAGUGAACUUCAUAUCUAGCUUGGUGUUUUUGCCUCAGGAUAUUGGUGUGAAGCUUCAAAAGCAAGUUCAGAACAAUAGGGUAAUCUACAAUGUGAAGGGAACAUUUAGAGUGAAAAUCACCAUUGGUCUAAUUCAUGUAUCUUAUUGGUUGCAUAGUAGAUGCCAGAUUGAGAUGACUGGUCCACCAACUGGAGUAUUAGUAGCAAGAAACUGCAUAACAAAGAGAUGAACAUAAGGUUAUUCUUUGCUUGUUUGAUUUAAUGUUUUCUAUACUAUAUAGUUGUGCAUAAGAAUGAUUCUGUAAAAUGUUUGAUAAAUAUACCAUAUGAUAUAGAUGGUAAAAGAAUGAAAAAGGGAAAAUGAUUAGAUGAUGAAUUUUCAAGGUGUUUGGUAUGUAGAUAAUUAAAUCAGAGAAUAUGAUGUUGGGGGAUUCAUUUCAUCUGCAAAUAACAAAUAAAUGUUCAAAUUAUCUUUACUACUCUUGAUUUUAUAAGGGAAUAGGUACUUCUGUUAUAUUUGACUUAUUUAAUCAUUUUGGUAUAGUUUUCUACUAGUUAGGCACUUAGA